UUUUCCUUCUCCUUUCUCUUAAUUUUGCAGUAGCAGCACAAUAUGCAUCCGGAAAUGUUCCUGACUCAACGCGGCAAAGGCAUCAUGCGCCGCUCUACGGAAGACUGGUUACAGAAGAACACUUACCUGCCGUUCAUCGUGAUAUACAUCAGCGUUCGAUAAGUCCUACAUCAUCGACAGACAUCCGGGCGAUGCAAGCCCGGAUACCAUCGCAUUUUCGAGACCCUUCCACCGCACCACUUCGGAAGCUGAGCGUGGAUCUUAUCAAAACUUACAAACACAUCAACGAGGUUUACUAUGCCAAAAAGAAACGAAGAGCUCAACAAACCCAAGGUGAAGAUACCUCCCACAAGAAGGAACGGAAGCUGUACAACGAUGGCUAUGACGACGAAAAUCACGACUAUAUUAUCAAAAAUGGUGAAAAGUUUCUGGAUCGAUACGAGAUUGAUUCCCUAAUCGGAAAAGGCAGCUUCGGUCAGGUAGUGAAGGCAUACGAUCACGAGGAGGAGUGUCAGGUGGCAAUAAAAAUCAUUAAAAAUAAAAGACCCUUCCUAAGCCAAGCACAAAUCGAAGUGAAUCUACUGGAAAUGAUGAACCGGGCGGACGCGGAAAACAAAUACUAUAUCGUGAGACUGAAGGGGCAUUUUAUGUGGCGGCAUCAUUUAUGUUUAGUAUUCGAGUUAUUAUCCUAUAAUUUGUACGACCUGCUGCGCAACACCAACUUCCGCGGGGUUUCGCUAAACCUAACGAGAAAGUUUGCCCAGCAACUGUGUACGGCGUUAUUAUUUUUAAGUUCAGAAGAAUUAAAUAUCAUACACUGUGAUUUAAAACCAGAAAAUAUAUUAUUAUGUAAUCCUAAGAGGUCAGCAAUUAAAAUAGUAGAUUUUGGCAGCUCAUGCCAAUUAGGGCAACGGAUAUAUCAAUACAUACAAUCACGAUUCUACCGAUCACCAGAGGUACUAUUAGGAAUACCGUACGACUUAGCAAUAGAUAUGUGGUCGUUGGGCUGCAUACUCGUUGAGAUGCACACCGGUGAGCCUCUGUUUUCCGGUUCGAAUGAAGCAGACCAAAUCAACAAAAUAGUGGAAGUUCUGGGAAUGCCACCGAAGCACAUCCUAGAUCAAGCGAACAAAACCCGCAAAUUUUUCGAAAAACUCCCCGACGGUAGCUAUACGCUGAAGAAAACGCAAAAUCAACGUAAAUACAAGGUACCGGGAACGCGCAAACUGCACGAUAUACUGGGUGUGGAAACAGGCGGCCCGGGAGGCCGAAGGCAGGGUGAACCCGGUCACAGUAUAUCGGAUUAUCUUAAGUUUAAGGACCUAAUUCUAAGGAUGCUGGACUACGAUCCGGACACGCGCCUCACACCGUACUAUGCCUUGCAACACAACUUUUUCAAACGAACGUCGGACGAAAGUACCAACACAGCCAACACGAUAAGCUCCCUCAGCACCAGUCCCUCGGUGGUGAAUACGCAGGACCCCAGUAGUCACGGUGAGUCUCACAAAGAGUGAAGCAAACGGUUCUUAUAUUCCAUUUUCAAUACUAACCAUCAUCAUUCACUUUACUAACAGCCAAACUUCGUUCAUACCUAGGUAGAGUAAAUGAUAGGUAACAAGGUAAAAAUAUUAAACUUAAUCAAAAGUUUCUACCGCAUUAUAGAAAACUUCGUGGAAAUUUAAAACAGACUGUGUCUCACCAACAUUUGAAAAGGGUAUAAAAGCCAAAGUAAACCAAAGUACUUAUCACAAAAACCGUUUUACGCUUACCAUUUAUCGAUCGUCGCAGGUCCACUGAUGGUAUGGGUUCUCGAUUUCCUUCUCGGUACUGAGUGUUAAAUAUUGUCCACGUUUAAACAGUCUGUAAAGCCUGAAUCGGCUCACUUUUCAUUAUGACAUUACCCGCCCGAAAAUUGGUUAUGCACCCUUUUCUUAAGUACAGAGGUAACGGUCUACAUCGUCUAGAUGCCAAACAUUCAAAGGAGAAAAAAUGCGUAAAGCGAGCUAUUCGUUAACUCCUAAAGAGAACUCCUAAGCGUUUGUCGAAAAAAGAGGAAAUUUUUUUUCCAUCUCACUCACAUUGAGACAUAUUUAUAACACCAUCGAGACGAAAUCUUACUCCAGCUUGGUUCUAUAAGCAAUGCCGAGCUAUUUUUCCAUGAAAAUACACUUUUAUCGAAAAAAAACAUAUAAAGUAUGCUGUGUACCGUUCGGUUCAUAUAUACCUACCUGAAAGUUUCCUAGUGAAUUUAAUUUGGUGAUUCAAAAAAGGUUGCAAAAUUUUCAAACACAUUGAUCUCGAAACUUCAUGAACAUAGACCUUUUUCAUACGUUGGUACUGAAAUGACUUGAGCAUAGUAUAACAAAGGGUGAUACGGUCAAAAUUUGGUCAACGGAAAACGCGUGUAAAUCGGUGAAAUCGUUUAUUUAAAAAAUCAAAUUAAAUUUUUUUUUCAAGUUUAAUUAGUAUAAAAUUCAGGAAAAAUAUUCAGUUAGGCUUCCGCUUUUCAAAAUCCGAAUUGCCGGGCUUCACUCCUAACAUCAGAUUUUGUACAGCCACCUUCCACCUUCUUCGCCGCAGGAAGCCAGUUUGCCUUGAACUGCUGCUCGUCCUUAGCAGUUUUUUUGGUCUUCUUUAGGUUCCGCUUGACAAUAGCCCAGUAUUUCUCAAUUGGGCGGAGCUCUGGCGUGUUGGGAGGGUUCUUGUCCUUGGGAACCACCUGCACGUUGUUGGCGGCGUACCACUCCAUGGCCUUUUUACCGUAAUGGCAAGAUGCCAAAUCCGGCCAAAACAGUACGGAACAACCGUGUUUCUUCAGGAAAGGCAGCAGACGUUUAUUCUAACACUCUUUCACGUAAAUUUCUUGACAGUCCCGGAAGCUAUGAAAAUGCUGCUUUUCAAGCCACAGGUACAGAUGGCUUGGCAAACCAGAUAUUUCUUCGCGAACUUUGACAGUUUCAUGUGCUUGAAAAUAUCUGCUACCUUUCCCCUUCCUUUUGCCGUAUAAAACUCCUGUCCCGGAAGCUGCUUGUAGUCGGGUUUAACGUAGGUUUCGUCGUCCAUUACCAUGCAGUCCAGCUUCGUUAGCAUCGUCGUGUACAGCCUCCGGGAUCGCGCUUUGGCCGUCGUAUUUUGUUUAUCAUCGCGAUUUGGAGUCGCUACCUUCUUGUAAGUCGAUAGUCCGGAUCGUUUUUUGGCUCGAUGCACGGUUGUAGACGAUACACCCAGCUUAUUUGCGGAACUCGGAGAGAGAGGUUAGGGUUUCGCUUGAAACUACCGGCAACUCUCUUUGUCGUCUCAGCGGCUUCCGGUUUUCGAUUUCCCCCCGAUCCAGACUUCCUGGCUGUCGACAUACGUUCCCCAAACACUUUAAUUACAUUUGUAACGGUUGAUUUGGCAACUUUUAGCGAUUUUGCCAGCUUUGCGUGCGAGGAGCUCGGAUUUUCGCGAUGCGCGAGCAAAAUUUUGAUACGCUGCUCUUCUUCCUUGGACGGCAUUUUGACAACUGAAGAGUGAAUUCCAAAAUCAAAAUAGAAGCAACAUUCUACACACACUACCUUCAAAAUGAGGGGUGUUCGGGUUUUUUAAAUUCAAAAUUGAAAGAAAUACGUCAAGUUGAUAUUGACCAAAUUUUGACCGUAUCACCCUUUACUUAAGUUCAACAUGUUCUUUGUGAGUCUCGCGCAUGGUUCAAUAAAUCUGCAGCACCAUUGCUGCUGUCCUAUUGGAAACAAUAGAUGUGCUUUUCCAGUUCUUGAGCUCCAUAGUUCCUCGAUACUCCGCGAAAAGUUCAGGUCCAAUCAACAGGCCCUGAAAUCCUUCCCUAGCUAGCUGGUCUACUUCUUCGUUCCCUAGGAUAUCACAGUAGUCUGAAUCCCUGAAUAAAAAUACACUGUUCCUUAUGGCCAGGUUUCUAAGUACAACAAUACGCUUCCAUACUAGCCUGGAGUAACGUGUGAACGUACUUUGUUCUCGUAGAGCUGUCUGGCUGUCAGAGAACAUGUAGAUUCUCCUCUAAAGGCUAAAGGCUUAUGUGCAUUCUAGAAUUGCUUGAACUUCUGCUGUUGGCCAAUUUUUCUAUAGAAAUUGAGAU